CUCCGAGACAGACGUGUGUGCUCCUUCCUCUAAAGUCGGGCUAUUCCCAAAGUGAAAUAUAGAAACUCCACAGUGGCGAUCCUGCCAUUUGAACAAAUCGUUUUUUUUUCUUGGACCAAAUUUUAAAGGAUAAACGCGAUAAUAAAAAAAAGUAUAGUGAAGUGAACCCGCGUGUGAAGUGAGUGAAAAAAAAAGGUUUUUCUUCAAUCCGCUCCGUUCAAAGUAAUUAAAGGAUAAAUGGAUCCAGGAAAGUAUGUACGUUUAGCUCCUUCGAACGAAGAAGGUGAUAGUGAAGUGGUCGAGCAAAACCGAAGUGACACAGAAUCCUGCGAAAGUGACGUUGAGAUAAUAGAACCCGACGAACACCCAACAAAGCCGAAUGACUGCCUACCUAAUGUAGGACAUGACAGAGUUGCGGUGCUUGAGAAAGCAGUGGUUGACUUGGCUCAACUUCUACUUGAUAAACCUUGGGAUAAAUCAAAUACUACGCGAGAUGCCAAUGACGAAGCAAAUACUUCAUGGGGUGGACUUACAGGUCACAUGAUGUCAUCAGAUCAAGCAUCCACAAUUCGACUAGAAGGCAUUCCAUCGUUUCCAAAGGACAUUCCGGCAAGUGGAAUGUGGGAAGCGUUCGACAACUUUAUUGAAAAGUUCGAGAUUGCCAUCACAUUGAAUAACAUAACGGACCCAACACGACAGGCAAAAAUCUUGUACCUCGUAAUAGGUGAUAAUCUACAAACAAUAGUGCGUGCGGCCGGGUUACGUCCGAGCCUUGGAGAACCAGACUGCUAUCGUAAGAUGGUAAAGAACAUCUCUGAAUACUUCCACAGUAUGACGGACACGGCUGCCGAGCACGAGGCGUUCACCAAGAUGAAACAAGCGAAUGGUGAAUCCACUAUGGCGUUUCAUGCUCGUUUAAUGUCGAAAGUUCAACUAUGUCGAUACAGCUCCACGGACCAGGCUCGAUUCGUCCGAACUCAACUAUUCAACGGUAUGACGGAUCAGAAAUUGGCGGACCAAGCAAGAACAUUUGGGUUGGAAGCGGCUUACAUCGUUCAAGCAGCGACAAGGAAAGAGGCGUUUGCAGGAGAGAGAAAUACCAAUACCCUACCGGAAUCAGCUGUACAGCUUCUAAGCCAACCCGAGAAACCUGUGUUUCAGAGAAGCCUUCAGAAAGGCGUCAGGAAUUUUGGCAGAUACAACAACCAAUUUUCUGGAAACAACCAACGACGAUACACCGAACAACCUUCCCGCUAUCAAAACAGCCCUUAUAAGGAACGCAAUACCCCCGCUGGAAGACCCCUACUUGGAAAACGAGGACGUUGCUCGAGGUGCGAUCGACCAGCCCAUAAGGGACAGGAAUGUCCGGCACUUCACCAAAAUUGCCAUAAGUGUGGACGUCGUGGCCAUUUCGCGAUCACCUGCCGGCAACGAGAAACCAACGCAGUAGAGAAGGAAGUCCUGCCGAAGUCCGAAGAGGAGAAUAGUCAGGUAUGAGUCAUUUUUAAUCAUCUAUCAAUCAUAAAACAAUUAUACUUCAAACAGAAGAAAUUGAAUUUCACCAUAAAACGUUAUUAUUAUAUAUGGAUAUGUGAAAGAGCAAAUCUCCUUGAUGUUUUCAU